GAGCACCCGCGAAGCUCCGCCCUACGCGGCGCCGGCGUCGUGGACGUCACGCGCGCGGUUCAUACCCCGGAUGCACGAGGCGAUCGUGUAGAAGGGGAGGCCUGCGCGCGUGCGCGACCCAGAAACACGAGCCAGACGUCAGGCCGGUCCCUGCCCGGAGAGGAGUCGAGGUGCGGGCGGGGCCGUGGAGAAGCUCUCUGCGUAUGCUCAGGAGUACUCUUGAUCAUGAUGGUGAACGACCGCUUUCGGUGCGUGAUUCCUGUUUGCUCUCUGGCUGAUCAUGGACCUCCCUGUGGAACAAUGGAAGUCUUAUGUUAAGCAGAAAUGGAUUUCCCUGGAGCCAGCCCUGAAAGAGAGGUUUUGCCCUGCUCUGUCGCUCCAGGAUUGCUUUCUGCUGGUCUCGUCUUUGUUUCAGCCUGAGGAUGAAGAAUACUUGAGCAGCCUGGCUAACAACUACUGUGUGAAGAAAGAUCCUCAAAUGGCGCUGUUCUACAAAACAGAAGGGAACCAGAGAUUUCAGAAGAAGAAGUACCAAACAGCAGGGAUGCUCUAUUCCAAGGCGUUGUCCCACACGGAGGUCAGCACUCCAGAAAGGGCCGUGUGUUAUGCCAACCGCUCAGCAGCCCUUUUUCACCUGGAUCAGUUUGAGUUGUGCCUGGAAGACAUCGAGAGAGCUCUGGCAGAGGGCUACCCACACCAGCUGCGCCAUAAGGCCUUGCUGCGGAAAGUGGAAUGCCUCCUUUCUCUAGGGAGAGCUGGGGAAGCGACCGACGUUCUCUGCUAUUUGGAGCGUGAAGUAACAGCAGACCAGAGCUCUAACAACCAGCAGGUGCUGCUUGGUAAACUCAGUCAGCUGAAAGCAAAAGCUAGCAAAGGGAACAGCUUUGUCGGUCAGCCCACCAUGGCCAGCAAAACCCAGGAGGCCCUUGAGCCCUUGGAGGAAAACCACAGGAUUUCGUGCGCCUCUGUUGCAGUGAGCUUGCAAAUGUCCCCGAGGAAAGGCCGCCAUUUGGUUGCAGACAGGGAUAUUCUGCCUGGGGAAAUCUUAGUGAAGGAAGAGGCGUUUGUCAGCGUGCUGCGCCCGGGAGAAGGCCUCUUGCUACAAGGCAGUGCUGCAAAGACACUAGACAAGCAGUUUGACAGCGAAGAUCUUCACUGCCACCGUUGCUUGAGGCGGUUGCUGGCUUCUGUCCCCUGCCAGGGCUGCAGUUACGCCAAGUACUGUAGCCAGACGUGUGCGCAGCUAGCGUGGGAGGAUUACCACCAGAGAGAGUGCUCCCUUGGCGGACUUCUCCUCGCGCUGGGAGUUUUCUGCCACGUGGCCUUCCGAACUGUGCUGGUGGCCGGCUCUGCGGAGAUUCGUGCUUUAGCCGGGCAGUCGCGCCAAGAGGCUCCCGAGGAGCCGGACUUGGCCUCCGUGCCAGGUUGUGAUGCUGACAGGCGGUACCGUAGCUCCUACCGAGCUAUCUUCAACCUUCUGCCUCAUGCCGAGAAGCAGAGCGCAGAAUCCCUGUUCCUCUGCAGCCUGAGCGUGGUGGCCUUGUGCAAGAGACUUGGAGAGGCCAGCCCAGCAGCUCCGGUCGCGGGGACGAGCACAUCUAAGAGCCGGGCAGGAGCAUCUCCUGAGCUGAAGAUUUUGGGGGAGGCCAUGCUGAAGCACGUGUUGCAGCUGCGGUGCAAUGCGCAGGCUGUGGUCACGGUGCGCGAGUCAGGAUCUGGAGACAAACCCGUUGCUAGCAGUGAGCAGGUAGCCCUCGCCGUGGCACUCUUCCCUGUUCUCAGCCUACUGAACCAUUCUUGUGACCCGAACACCAGUGUGACUUUCAGCAGCAGCACCGCUGAGAUCAGGGCAUCGCGGGCAAUUGCUGAAGGGGAAGAGAUUCUCCACUGCUAUGGACCCCACAAGUGCCGGAUGGGGGCAGCCGAAAGACACAAAGCGCUCCUUGAGCAGUAUUUCUUCGAAUGUCAGUGCCAGGCCUGCCUGAGUGAGCUGGGAUCCCGUGCCAGGAGGGGAGCGUCCCUGCACAGAGCCUUCCGUUGCCCUGACUGCCAGGCACCACUGCAGGGGGAGAGCAUGCUGCGUUGUUCCCGUGGGGCCUGCAACGUCCUGAUCCCUGAAGUGGACUUUCAGCUUGAGUUAUAUGAACUCCAGCAGCUAAGCAAGACAGCCCAGGAGAUGCUUGAAAGCGGCCAGCCUGAUAAGUCGUUGAAGCUGCUGAUGAUAUGCAAGAAGGAAGCUGAAAGACUCCUCUGUCCAGAGCACUUGAUGAUGGGCGAGAUUGAGGAUCACUUGGCACAAGCAUACGCUACCCUGGGAAAUUGGCAAGAGGCAGCGAGGCAUCUGAGGAGCAGCAUACAGACUGCAGAAGCCCAUUAUGGGCCCUCCAGUAUCGAAGUUGGUCAGGAGCUCUUCAAACUGGCAGAAGUCCUCUUUAAUGGGUGUGCGGUGCCAGAAGCCUUGAAUACCAUACAGAAGGCUGAAAGGAUUUUGUCUGUGCAUUUGGGUCCCCAGAGCACCCAGGUCCGGGACCUGCUAGAGAUGAAAGCCUGCCUCGAACAAUCAGUGGGCGCCUACCUUGCAAAAGGAGGGUUGUGGCCCGCAAACACACACCCCAUGCAAUGAAGCUCAGGGAACGGAGCAGGAGAGAUGACCCUUGUCCUUUCUUAGGGCAGGAAGAUGCACCAAUCAAUCCUUGUGUUGUUGACUGCAUGGCGUAGAGCCCUCUCUCCAAAAACAGUGAAGACUGCAACCAUCACAGAUGACAUUCGGAAGAUGGGAGCAGUCUAUUGUACCCACAGAACUGGUGGUAUCCCAAGCACUGGGUGGGGGGCUGGAAAAGUCAGGGGACCCUUCCUGCAGCUAUAGAAUAGUUUGACUCUUGUGGGAGGGGAGGCUGAGUUUUUUUGGGGGGCGGGGGAGGCUGAGGUUUCCCAAUCAGAAGGCUGGAUGGUAUCUUUUAGAAAAGUCAUUCAAUAUUUGGUGUGAGCCGGAGGUUGCAGGUGUCGGUUUAUGUUCUGGGGUCGUCUCUCCUUCUGGCAGCAAAUCGUUUGCAGCUGCAAGGGUGUUGCUCCGUCAUGCACACCCUGGCUUGUGCCAGGAACUUCUACCGAACGAUCGUUCACAUGUGCGAACCCGCAGAGACUCGUGAUUCACUGGCCAGAGGCACGCUCUUGGGAUCUGGUGGAGAAUGUUGCAUUUAUUACCCUUCUGAAGGUGGUCCCCCUGGAUGCUACAACCAGAGAUGACGCAAAAGACACAAUAAAAUAAAGAGAAUUGUGGCCCAUA